UAAAUAGUAUAAAUAUUGAUUUCAUGUAGCCUACGAUUAUCAUUCGAAUUCAGGUACCAUCAAGAUGAGGACGUCACAUCUCUACGUUAUCUUACUAACUGCAUUGGUAGUUCAGAUUUCUUCUGAAACUAUUGCUAAACCUGCUGAACUAGAUAAACUAAUAAGUAGCAUUCUAUCAUCUUCGUUUGAGAUAGUGGCAAAACCUAUCAGCGAUUUAGUAAAAGAAAUACCAAUCAAAUCAGAAGUAGAAAAUUACUUGAAAGAAUUCACGUGGAAAUUAAAGCGGUUUAUGGAACAAGCCCAAGAGGAUUUUUUUAAUAUGAUACCAAAAGAAGAGAGAGAAAAUAAAAAAAAAAUGAUUGGAUACUUGUCAAUGUAUAUGUCGGGAGCAUACUCAAAAGCAGCAAAAUCUGUAGCAACCGCUACGAACAAAUCUUUUGAAACAUUACCGGAUGAAAUUAAAACCAAAUUACUUGAUAUAGGAAAUGACAUUAAUGACUUCUUAAGGAAAUUAAGGGUUUCAAAUAUGAACGACUCAAAAACAUCACAAAAAACACACGAAUAAUAACGAAUAUUUAUAAAUACACAAUCAAAAAUAAUC